CUGUACAUAAAAUGAAUGAACAGGUUGCAUUGUGAGUUGGUGCUUCCAAGUUCUUGGAACUUCUGUUUCCUGUGACCUUCACUGCGCAAGGGGGCAAGGAAGGAAACUAAACUCAUGGUGCGCCCUAGCUUGAUGGCGAAGAAUACUGAUAUGCGCUGGCGCCUGCCUUUGGUUUGCCUCCUCUGGGAGGUGGCCAUGAUUGUCCUUUUUGGCAUUUUCGUGCGCUUCAGCCCUGAGGCUAAUGUGGCUGACUGGGAGAAGGAAAAACGCCAAAGGAAUAUCUCUGACAUUGAGAAUGAAUUCUACUUCAGAUACCCCUCCUUCCAAGAUGUCCAUGUGAUGAUUUUUGUGGGGUUUGGCUUCCUCAUGACCUUUCUUCAACGCUAUGGCUUUGGAGCUGUUGGCUUCAACUUUCUCCUUGCUGCCUUUGGGAUCCAGUGGGCUCUCCUGAUGCAGGGCUGGUUCCAUACCUUUGAGCAUGGGAAGAUACUCAUUGGAGUAGAAAGCCUGAUCAAUGCAGAUUUCUGCGUGGGUUCUGUUUGUAUCGCCUUUGGUGCCAUUUUGGGCAAAGUCAGCCCUGUGCAGCUACUCAUUAUGACUCUGUUUCAAGUGACCCUCUUCUCCGUCAAUGAAUAUAUCCUGCUUGACCUGCUUCAUGUGAAAGAUGCGGGUGGAUCCAUGACUAUUCAUACAUUUGGUGCUUACUUUGGCCUAACCGUGACCUCUAUUUUGUACCGGCCCAACCUUGAGCAGACCAAAGACAAGCAGGAAUCUGUUUACCAUUCAGAUCUUUUUGCCAUGAUUGGCACCUUGUUUCUGUGGAUGUACUGGCCCAGCUUUAACUCAGCCGUUUCCAAUCAUGGGGAUGCACAGCACCGAGCUGCCAUCAACACUUACUGUUCCCUUGCUGCUUGUGUCCUUACUUCUGUGGCCUUCUCUAGCCUCUUGCAAAAGAAAGGAAAACUGAAUAUGGUCCACAUUCAAAAUGCCACCCUGGCCGGGGGCGUGGCUGUAGGAACGUCUGCUGAAAUGAUGCUGACCCCGUAUGGUGCCCUCAUUGUGGGCUUUAUCUGUGGCAUUGUGACAACCAUCGGAUACGUCUACAUCACACCUUUCCUAGAUGCCAAGCUGCAUAUCCAAGACACCUGUGGCAUCCACAACCUUCACGGAAUGCCGGGUUUAAUUGGAGGCAUUGUGGGGGCCAUCACUGCUUCCACUGCUACAGAAGGAGUAUAUGGGAAGAAAGGGCUCAUCAACACAUUUGACUUCACCGGAGAAUACAUGCAUCGGACACCCAGCAUCCAAGGGGGAUUCCAAGCAGCUGGCCUUGCAGUGUCACUGGCCAUGGCCUUGGUGGGGGGAGCUGUUGUAGGUGGCAUUUUGAAACUGCCCUUCUUUGGUGACCCUACAGAUGAAAACUGCUUUGAAGAUAAUGUCUACUGGGAAGUGCCGGGCAAUGAAGAGAACACCUUUUACUGCAUGCAUGACUCGAAUGCUAAGCCUGGGACUAACGCUUAACCCAUGACAUCCACAGAUGAAGGGGCAAUCAACCUCAGUAUUUGGGAUUCCCUUGGUUUUUAUUUUUUUUUUACUGUAUUUUUCCCUGCCUUUUUAACAUGCUCUGGGUCUUCCUAAAGAGAGCUUCCAAGUUUUGGGGCAAAUACAACAGUGAUAUCAUCCUUCACUUGGAUGCAAAGACUUCUUUAAAGGGGAGCUUUCCAUGGUCUUAUUCCCCUUUCCCACCAUCUCCUGCUCCUUUGAAGCAUUCACAAUGCACCCAGGACCACAGACCAUUUAGAUUACAGCAUGGUAGGAGAGUUGAGCAAAGAUUUCUCAAGCCAAAUUCAAGCUUUGGUGCUUAUAAGGAUGACUGGAAAGGUGGCAGGCUUCCUUGCUGUUUUGCAUUAAAACAUUUUCCUAAAGAAUGCUUGAUUUCUCUUGCCUGCCGCAGCACCUCCCCAACAAUAACUCCAAAUCUCCUUUCUUGUCUUAUGAGAUGUUUUUCCAACUAAAGAGGGAAAAGGACCUUCAUCCCAUCUUUGUCUACUAGACAUUCUGGGUUGCAAUAUUAUGGCUAGAAACUUAGGAGACACAUAGGUCUUCUAAAAGGUGCAUUCAAUAAUACUAAACACUUCAGACGGGAGUAGGGGAAUCUCAAUUUUGUGCACUGAAAGAAAUUGUUUGGAAAUUGCCAUUCCCAAACCAACACAAACUGAUAUCAGUUUAGGGCCAACCUGGGCAGGAAUACCAUUAUGCCCCAAAUUGUGAAUGGUAAAAAACUGAGAAUGGCAAUAUGUGUGUAGCAUGCUGAAAGAU